AUGGCAAAAUUCUUAGUGGUGGACUGCCCGACCACAUAUAAUGUAAUCCUCAGAAGACCGAUCCUAGAUGAUCUGAGUGAAAUCACUUUAGUGCGCUGUCAAGCAAUGAGAUUCUCGACUCGAGGUGGGGUCGUGACAAUCAGAAGCUGUAAGAAAGAAUCUCGGGAAUGUUACAACUGGACCAUUAAUGCUGCACUAAAAUGGUCAUUCCCGAGAACCAUGGUUAUUGUAGAGUCCGAGCCAAACCUCAAACCUCAGGAUACCAUAGAUCCUUGCAUCCAUAAAGAAGAGCCCGUGGGAGGGCCAACAAUAGAGCUACGAGAAAUAUCUAUCAGCGAGGAAGACCCAAUUCGCAUGUUAAAAAUUGACAGCAAUCUAAACAAAGAAAUGGCCGAUAGUUUGGCGAGGUUUCUAAAGAAAAACCUUGACGUAUUCGCAUGGGUACAUGUAGAUAUGGUGGAAAUCAACUGCGAGGUAAUGUGCCAUAAAUUGAAUGUCAACCCAAUAGCUCGACCAAUCAGGCAAAAGAGAAGGUCUAUGGAUGCAGAACGCUCUAAAGCAUUCAAAGAUGAAGUUGACAAACUCCUGAACAUUAACUUCAUCAGGAAAGUGAAAUACCUGGACUGGCUCGCCAACCUAGUCUUGGUAAAAAAGUGGAAUGGCAAGUGGCAGACUUGCGUCGACUUUGCAGAUUUGAAUAAAGCUUGUCCAAAAGACAGUUUUUCGCCACCUUGGAUCAACCAAUUAGUAGAUACGACAAUAGGGAACGCACCAGUCAGCUUCAUGGAUGCAUACUUGGGAUUCAACCAAAUCCAGAUGUAUCAGCCCGAUGAAGAACACACCUCAUUUAUUACUAACCGGGGUAUUUACUAUUAUAGGGUUAUGUCGUUUGUCUUGAAGAAUGUUGGGUCGACCUACCAGCGUUUGGUGAAUAAGAUGUUCAUCGAGCAAAUCAAAAAAACAAUGGAGGUAUAUAUUGACAACAUGCUCGUCAAAUCAAAGGUUGUUGAAAGCCACGUUGAACACCUGAGGGAAAUGUUCGACAUCUUUAGAAAAUACAGAAUGAGGCUCAACCCUCUAAAGUGCGUUUUUAGAGUAAGCUCAAGAGCAUUUCUAGGUUUCCUGAUCAAUCAGCGAGGUGUUGAAGCCAACCCGGAAAAGAUUCAGGCUCUCUUGGACAUGAAAAGCCUGACCAACAUAAAGUAG